AUGGCUGAUACAGAAGCACAUUCAAAGCGAAAAAAAAAAUACAAAAAUUCAUUUUCAAAUAUUUCUCAAAAAGAAGCAGAAUCAAUACUUGGAUUUGAACUUGACAUAUUUUAUGAUUCUCAAAUACCACUUAAACAAUUUAUUACAACAACAACACCAGAACAAUUGAAGAAAAAAAUAUUUGAACGAUUAAUUGAUUGUAUUAUAUCAGAAGGAUAUCCAGAAGCAGCAAUUUCUCCAAUGAAUGAAUCAGUUGUAAGAGACAAUAUUGGUGUUAUUUUACAGGCAGUGGUUUCUUAUUAUAAACUUACGAUGAAUCGUAAUGAUUUAAAAUUAUUACGAGAAAAAGAAAUUAUUACAAAACGUGAUGCACUUGGAAAAGGACUUGUUCAAUUGUUAUUGGCAUUAAAAUCUAUGUCGAAUGGAAAUAAUGAUGAAAAAUUAGUGUAUGGAUUCUUAACAACAGGAAUCCAAUGGCAAUUAGUGGCAUAUGAUGGUCAAAAGUGGAAAUUAUCAGAAGCAUCUACUGUUUUACUUCCAAAAAUGAUAGAAAAAGAAGAUCAAUGGUUGAAAAAUAAUACACAAAUAUUAGAUGUUAUUUAUAAUAUUUUAUCAUCAAUAUAA